GCUCUGGUGCGGUAGUGUCCAACGGACCAACGGUGGACCACCAUCAAUCAUAAGAUAAAGCCCUCCCGUUGCUCGCAAAGGCCGUAACCCUAAUAUCUUGUUCACUCUUCGCCGCCCCCUCGCUCUCUGCAAGCCAGGCCAGCGUAGUCUCCAAUUUUUUCUGCGAGCACUGUGCACUUGCAAUAAUGGUGAGGGUUAGUGUUCUGAAUGAUGCUUUAAAGAGCAUGUACAAUGCAGAGAAGAGAGGCAAACGACAGGUUAUGAUCAGGCCAUCCUCUAAAGUGAUAAUCAAAUUUCUCCUCGUCAUGCAGAAGCAUGGUUACAUUGGUGAAUUUGAGUACGUCGAUGAUCACAGAGCUGGAAAAAUUGUAGUUGAAUUGAAUGGAAGGCUGAACAAAUGUGGGGUUAUUAGUCCCCGUUUUGAUGUUGGGGUGAAAGAGAUCGAACCUUGGACCGCACGACUGCUUCCAUCCAGACAGUUUGGCUACAUUGUGCUGACAACUUCAGCGGGCAUCAUGGAUCAUGAAGAAGCAAGAAGAAAGAAUGUUGGUGGCAAAGUACUUGGCUUCUUUUAUUGAGAUGAGUUUUGGAGGAUUGUCUUUAUGAGUUUUCGUCUUAGCCGUAUUUAUUUUUUGUUUUUAAUAUUGAGGAACCAUGCUUUAUGCUGGAAUUUUGCAUUUGAGGGUUUUUGGACAAUAAGUUUGCAUUCUGUGUCCUUUUUUUAUUUAUGUUUUUAAUGAAUGCCAGCGUGAAUGGUGCAUUAAUUGGA